AUGUGCUACUUAGACUGGGAGGUGCUGAAAGGCACCUUCAGUGAGAACAAGAUCUUGCAAAGGAAAGGCUUAGAAGUCUUGUCUGAAUCUCUGCCAUUGACUCCUGAGUUACUUAAAAUUUCUGCCAAUUCUACGCACCAACGCUUGGAUUUACAGUGGCACGUCCACAGCCAUUUUCAGCAUCAGGAACUACAAAUGAUUUUUCAGAUACAGAUGAGUAGAAUUGUAACUUCCAAUGUCAUCUGGGUGGGGAACUACAGUGCCACUGUGAAGGGGACUCAAGUCCUGCAUUGGAGCUGGGAAUCGGAACUGCCUCUGGAAUGUGCCACUCACUUUGUGAGAAUAAGGAGUUUGGUGGGUGAUGCCAAGUUCCCAGGGUCCAGGGCCUGGAGCAACUGGACUUCAUGGGAAAAAGACAAUGUAAAGGCUUCUCUUGGAAAUGGUCAUUUCUUCAUGUUCCCCCAGGACAAAGUCGUGGAAGAAGGUUCCAGUGUCACCUUGUGUUACAUUUCUAGGAGUAAUCAGGAUAACAUAUACUGUUAUUUGGAAGGUGAACCAAUCCAAGGAGAACAGCUCACUCCUGAUGUGUCCAUGUUCACUUUGAGCCAUGUUCUUUUUGUUAGGUCAACAGGCACCAGCGUCUUCUGCAAAGUGAAGCAGGAUGUGGAUGCAAAAGGCACCGUAAUCUAUGUAUCAAAAAUCUUGGAGGAGCCCAAGGACUUUUUAUGUUACAUCUGGGACCUGAAGACUCUGAAGUGCAUUUGGGAUCCUGGGAAUGACACUGGUUUGUCACACACUUCCCCAACCUACACCUUAUUUGAAGCAUCUUCACGGAAAAAGAAGCUUUGUAAACACAAAAACUGGUGCAAGUGGAAAGUGACUCAAAAAUCCCAAGAACUGUACAACUUCACACUUGUAGCUGAAAACAGCUUACGGAAGAGAAGUGUCAACUCCGUGUUUCAUCUGACUUAUCCAGUUCACCCAUUGAGUCCCUUUGAUCUCUUCCUUGAAAACGUAAGUUCCACAAGUGCCACCAUAACGUGGAAGAUGCGCCCCCUGGGGAUUAAGUCCACGUUUCUGUGUCAGGUUCAACUCCAUCAUGACAGACAAGUGAUACAAAACAAUGUCUCCAUGAAAGAUAAAGGUAAAUGCCUUCUCAGUGAAAUGCAACCUGACACUCAUUAUCUGGUCCAAGUGCGCUGUGCUGAUGGCAACUAUUUCUGGAAAUGGAGUGAAUGGAGUAUGAAGAAACUCACCACACUUGAAGCUCCUCCCUCGGUGGCGCCUGAUGUAUGGAGACUCGUGACAUCAGGGCCAGACGGUUAUAAAGUGAAGUUGUUCUGGAAGCCACUACCUAAAUUUCAUGCAAAUGGGAAGAUCUUAUUUUAUAACAUCACUGUGAAAAGUCUGAGCGAACCUUCGAGAUCAGAGCUCCACUCUGUUCCUGCGCUGAUUACUCACAGAGACCUGACCCUGCCCCAGCAGCACCCCUACCAGAUCUGCGUCACGGCCAACAACAGCGUGGGCUUGUCUCCCCCUGCGGUAAUCGUCAUCCCCAGCAACUCUGGACACGAAGAGAUUGGAGAGGAGAGAGUUAUAGGCACAGAGGCCGGGAUUGCACUGUCUUGGAGGCCUCAUUCCAGAAAGGCCACGGGCUAUGUUGUGGAGUGGUGUGACCGGCCCAGAGAGUCGCUCUGUGGUCUCCGGUGGUGGACACUAGGCCCCAACACCACAAGCGCCGUCAUCAGCUCAGAUGCUUUUACUCCAGGAGUGAGAUACAACUUCAGAAUUUAUGAAAUAUCUACAACGUAUACUGCUUCUUUAAUAGAGAAAAAAACAGGCUACUCCCAGGAGCUGGCUCCUUCAGACAACCCUUUGGUGAUCAUCGAUAGUUUGACACCCCACUCCUUCUCUAUGAGUUGGAAGAAACACUCCACUGAGUCCCAGCCUGGCUUCAUAAAAGGGUACUACAUCUAUCUCAAAACCAAGAUGGACAAGUGCUCCCCUGGAUUCAAAAGGACUGUUGGUGCAGGUGAUUCAGCAUUUUGCAAAUACAAAAUCAACAACCCUGAACAAAAAUCAUUUGUGGUGGACAAGCUGCAGCCAGAGUCCUUCUAUGAGUUUCUGGUCACUCAGUACACAAGUGCCGGCGAGGGCCCCAACGGCACGUUUACGAAGGUCACGACGCCAGAUGAACAUGCCCGUAAGCUGCUCCGCAUCAUACUGCCCACGUUUUUCUGUGUUUUGCUCGUCAUGAUCGCAUGCUACUUGAAAAUUCAGUGGAUGAAAGAGAAGUGUUAUCCUGACAUUCCAGACCCUUACAAGAGUCAUGUCCUGUCAGUAAUAAAUCUGAAGGAGAUCCCUCACCUGACAAUAAUGAACAUCAACGAGUGCAGGAUAGAUGCGCUUGAGAUUGUGAACAAGCUGGAAGGGAGUAAGACACACUCCUCACACACCGACAGGUCGCUCGCCAAAAUGGAACCCACCUUGUCAGUGGAUUACCUUUCCCUGCUUUCAACAGAAAAGAAUCCCUCCGACCCAAGAGGCUCCUUCGGUUUUAAGAAUUCCUCUGACCGAAGAAACUGCAUCUGUUUUGACAACAAGACCUAUAACUGGAAAAUUUCUGACCUUGAUUCUUAUGACCAAAUCGCCCAGUCCCCUGUCACAACACUAAGCCAGCGGGGACCGCUGAAGGCAUCGGAAAGUGUAGUAAAAGUAGACAAAGACUAUGUGAACUCCCUGGGAGGAGUCGCAGCUGGAGAAGCUGGCUUGCAUUACGUGUCCCAGUUGGCCUCAUGCUUGCCUUCAGAUAAGGACAGGCUCCCUGGUGAUGCCCCAGUGCCAGCACCCUGUACCAUUUACCAAAUGCAGGUGGCAGUACCCACGAGCCCAGCCUCAUCUCCCUGCAGUGAAGCCAGCAGCCGGUCCUCAGUUGCCCUUUUAGAUCAGUGUGUCCACUAUGGCUGA